ACGGGCGUCCGGCGCAACACGGCGAGCUGUAAAGGCGCGUGCAGACAGGCGGCGCGGGACGCUCUGCCGUCACUGCUGAACGCGCACCCACACUUGUACGAAGUCGCGCUACGUCACGUCGCCGAUACCAGCCAAGUGGAGAAGCUAGAGCCGUCGUCGAUAUCGUGCCUCGCCGUAGACCGCUGGCGCCCUCAGCCGCACGAGGCGUAUGACGUAGCGUUCGACUGGUCCCAACGCUGCCCUCACCUGCUGCCGGCGCUGUUAUUGAAUCUCGACUAUACGCCGCACACCGGAAUAUCCUUAGACGCGCAGCUAGGGCUGGGCGGCUGGCUGUGCUCGCACGUGCGAUCCCUCUCGCCAGCCGAGCCCGAUGACUGGUGUUGGCGGGUGCUGCGGGCGCUGCGCCUGCACCGCGCGUGCUGGGGGCUGCGGCCCGAGGCGCCGCCUCCCGACCCCGAGCCAGACGAUCUGUUCUCGAAGGCGUACGCGCUGAUGCAGAGCUCGUGGGGACACUGUAUACCUUUGAUCUGUUCCUCGGGCGUGGCGGCGCUGUGUUCACUAGCGGCGGCGCGCGCGCAGGACGCCGUGCACUGCCUGGCGCCUCUCAUGCUGGUGCUGGUGGACUCGCCGGAGUCCGUCGCCUCCACGACCAAGUUCACAGAUCUCUUCUCGCUGAUAAUGGGCGGCGGCGGGCUGGUGGCGCGGGCACUGGGCCGCGGGAGCCCUGGGGCCGCAUUACUGGCGCGCCUGGUGCACGAGCAGCUGGCUGGCGACUCAUGCGGCGGCGUGCCCCACUCGGCGCUAGUCCGCGUGUGGAUAUGCGCGCUAUGGCGGCCGGCGCCGGGGGCGGCGGCGCUAUUGGACGCCGCGCUGCGCCCGCGCGAUCUCUGGCAGCUGAACGAGUUCGCGCAGCACCAGGUAGCUUACAAGUGUUAGGUAGGAACAGAUGCAGCAUCGUUCGUACCCCAUUUGGCGCUAGUUCCUGAGUGGUUGCCAGCGCUAUGGCGGCCGGCG